GUGAGUUCAACAUAUUUGAUUGGAUGAAAGUGUCAACUCACAUACUAGUCAAUUGAAUUUUUAAUAGCAUUAUUCACUCAUUCUGCACGAGCUACAUAUAAAAAGGCCGUUAACCGGUUGUCUAACAUACAACACCAGAUCUAGACUGCAGACAAGAAGCUACGUACUGUAUGAUUGCAAUGUUUGGGAAAUGUCUACUGCUAGUAUCGUGUUUUAUCAGUAUCCAAACUUCGAUUGCUGUAAAUUAUUCAGUGUCUACAUCCAAAGAGCCAUGUCAACUUGCAUUUGAAGAAGACGUAAACAAUGGGGCGAAGAAAAUGGUACGAACCGACCAGGUCCUGUACAUUACAAUCAAGUUGACAAAUUCAUCACUUAAUAUGCCUGAUUCAUUGGAUCAGAACAGUGAUUUAUUCCACGCACGUGAAUGGAUACGUAUAUCAGGAACACAUGGAAAGGGAAUCCUUCAACUACGACCAAACUACAAGAUUAUGUCUCUUAAUAUGUUGAGUCAUAAUACACAUCACGUAGAACUAAGAAUACAAGUUAUUCCACAGGGUUGUAUGAAACAGUUUAAUGUUACAGAAUACGAGUUAUUUCUUCGCCAAUUUUUACUAAAUCAUACGAAAGACGAGGACGAAAUAUGUAAUGUUCACGUUGGAAAUAAUUCUGGUUACGCCGAAUUUUAUCCCGAAUGUUGCGGUUAUGAUGAAAGAAAGGAGAUGAAGUGCCACCAAGUGGAAACGAACCCAUGGAUGGCAGCUAUAGAUUACUUUACUUACCUAGUUAUCGUUCUUGUUUACUUAUACUGUCCAUUUAUAAUUCCGUCCUCAUUGUAUGAUCCGGAAUUCGCGGACAAGUCGUAUGAACAUAUCCCAGACAAACAGUUAACAUUCACAGUAAAAAAAACAACGUCUAAACAGUGGAAACAAAAUGGUGGAAACAAUAAAAGUCCUCAAAGUGAAUAUAUCGAUAAGUCGGAUCAUACGAAUAAACCUGUAUCAUUUGAGUUGAUUCGAAAAAUGAAAAAGUUCAAGACAACAAUACGUAGUCUUGACUAUCACAAAGUUUACAACAUCAAAGUCUCUAAAAUACAGUUGAGAGUCGGCUCUGAUGAACUGGUUUCUACCAAUGAUGUGCCGACCGGAUUCUUUAAAGUAUGUUAUGAUGCAAUAAUACAGUGUGGGUUGAGAAGCUAUCGAGAAGAAGUGAAAAGUUGCUGCUAUGCGAACAUUUUCGGCUCCUUUCAACCUGUUUAUCCGUGGUACAAAUGCUGGCGAUCAUUCAUGGGAAUCCUUUUAUCACUUGCUGUUUGCACACCGUGGAUAAUACGGGUAGCCUUGUUUUAUGGAUACGAAAAUAGUAUACGGGAAACAAGACAAAUAGCGGCCGAGUCUAGAAAUCUGAAGAUAGAAUUGGAGAACAAUUUAGCUUAUUACGUAACUCCGUUCCAUGUCUUUUUCAUUGUAUGUUAUGUACUUGUUCUAGGUGCUUUUUUUGUACUGGGAGUUUUAAGCAAGGUACUGUCCAGGGAUAUUACUGCACUAGUCCAGGAUAUGAUGAAACCUUGUCUUGUAGAUAUGACUCAGACUUACGUUUUUACACCUGAAUUAUUCAAAUGGUCAUGGGUGGUUUUGUUGAAACCCUUGACAAAAUGUGGAAUUUUCGGUCUCCUAAUUGGAAUUUUUUACUGGGUUCCAGUGGUUCCAGUAGUGGCAUUAGUUUUUGCUUAUUACUUAUUCCCGACUGUGUAUUUGUCAGUGUCGUUUGUAUCGGUUUUUUUCAAAAUUUUUACACACUUUGAUUUCAAAUGUAAAGAAUUGCAAGACAGAUUUUGGAAAAGUAUUACACGUAUUAACGAUCCGUUCUCCUUUUACAUGCUUAAACCUAAACCACACAAAAAUGAAGACGGCGAAACCAACGAUAACGCAUACCAUAAGAAGGAUGAUAACUAUUCAUUUAUGAAUAAGACAUUAUUGAGGUAUUGUAAUAUACAAUUAUUGAAGAUAACUUUGACUAUUACCUUUAUUAUAAUGGUAAUGUCAUUUUUUAUAAUAAGCAUUGAAUGCAUCAUUUUUCUCAUAGAGGUAUCUGUGUAUACUAUGAUCGGAGUGAUUGUGAAUUCUUCCCAUGCUAUGCAGUAUAUUUCAACUUUUUCAUUAGCCUAUUUGUAUUACAAUACGUGUUUUGGUGGAAUAGGCAAAAUCUUUCUCAAAUACAACAAAGCCGUACAUGCCAUUUUAUAUAAGGAAAACAAGAAACAAAUAGAUAGAGUGGCACUAGAAGACUACAAGAACCAGAAAAACACUGCAUUUAAGACUGCGCUUAAAUCUGUGGUUCAAGAUUGGAGGGACCAGGUUCAAGAUUGGAGGGACCAGAAAGAUGAAGAAAUAGAAAUAGAAAUGAGAACGGACUUCGGAAUACCAAAAUUGAAAACAAACCAGAUCAUAUUACUUUUAGACAAGCUUGAUAAACAAUAUAUUACCAAGAAAUUUUUCUUCGAAAUUUGCAAAACUCCCGAUGGUCCUGGACCUCUGGUUGAUCAUAUUAAAAAUGCAAUGAGACGUUUUCUGACCAUUGGAAUAUUCUUGGUGUUCGUUACGAUUGUAGUUUUAGCCUUUGGUGAAUCGUACAGCAUAUCUUUCUCUAAUCAGCUGUUGGCCUCAUUUGCCGGUGGAGUUGUACCGUUAAUUCUAAUCAAAGCAAAGGUUCUCUUCUCGGAACCGGAAGUAAUUGACGAAAAAGAUCUUGUAAAAAAAUAUUUUUACGCUGAAGAUGAAGAUUAUUCAUCAAAAAGUGCAGACGCGGAUCUAGAAGGUGCCUGUGUAACUAGGCUUGAUCGUUUUAGAAUUUUUUUUCAUAAAAUAAUAAAAAACGAUGAAAAGUGGUGGAAUAUACAGGACUUGGAAGUUGUUGAACAUGAAGAAAUAAUUAAUACAGCAGAAAUUGACUUGAUAGUUUUGAAAAACGGCAAAAAAGGUAAAAAAAAAAAAAGCGAAGAAAAUCUCUUGAAUGGAAAUGAAAAAAAGAUACCUGAAAACAAUGAAAAGAACAACAUUGCCAGUUGGUCACAUGUUAAUGAUAUUUGUGUAAACAUGAAAGGAUUGUGAUCACUCUUUUGAUAUCUUUGUUUUUAUCUUUUAAACUGAUUUUAUAGUUUAUGAAUCUACCAUUUACGUUUAUAACUUUUACACAAUUUACAAACAUUGUUUGUUUUUAUAGAGAAUAUUUUUUAGACUCCGUGCACAUAUAUCGUCUCACCAUAGUUUUAUACUAGUAUAUUUUUUUUAGUACAAUCAGUUUUAAACGUUGUGAAAUAAAAUAAAAUGUGUAUUAUAA